AUGGUUCAUUUCUCAUCUACUAUUUUGUUGGCUGCUGCCGCUGCAUCGGUGCACGGUUUACCCUUGACGAAACGCAUCGCCCAGACCAUCUCCGCUUCGACCGCAAAGUGGGAACAGGCAUGCAUCGCUGCUGGAGGGGCACAACAGUGCAAUCCCGUCUCUGUAACAGCUUUUUCUACUCUCCUCGCUGCGGCCGGCCCUUGCGAGCAGCAGAAUUCCGCCGACGCCAUGGUCGAUCUCGCAAAAUCGCUGGGCAAUGACGCAGAGAUGAUUCGGCUGGCGCAGAUCUUCGCCCAGCAACCCCGGAAUACCCCGACGUCUUUGUCUGUGCAGUACUGCCAGCAGGCACCGAAGAACGCUGAGCUCAAUGGGCUGUUCCAAUGCCAGUUUGCUGGUGCCAAUCCCACGACGUUCGUCGGUGGUGUGGCUGUCGGACAGCAAGGCACUAUCCCCCUCGGUCUUUCUGCUCCUCUGAGCCCAGCUGGCUCCUGCCCCGCCAAUCCUAAUGGCCCCGUGCCAGACGGUCAACAGCUCGCCGACAUCGUCCAGAGCCCCGGCAACGUAGGCUCGGGCAACGCUGGGAACAACGGCGCAAACGGAGGUAAUGGGAAUGCCAGCGGAAAUAAUGGCAACGGAAACAACGGUGCAAACACGGGCAAUGGGAAUGACAAUGGUAACAACGCUGCCGCUACAUCCUCUGCGCCCCCCGCCGCGACUCCCACCGCUGCAGCCUCCACCGGCGGAGACUUCAAACUGAAGAACGGACAAGAUGCUCAGGCUCAGAAUGCCCAAUUCGCCGGCUUGACCGCCAACUCCCCUUGCCAAGAAGGUGAACAGGCGUGCAUUGACGGCGGGUUCGCUCAAUGCGUCGGCGGCCGAUUCGUGAUUGCUACUUGCUCGGCGCCUACGAAAUGCUUCUCCCUUCCCCUCGUCAACAAGGCGGGCACGAGUCUCGCGUGCACGACCGAAAGCGAUGCUGCGGCCAGGAUCUCUGCUAGCGGCGCUACUGGUGGUGUUACAGGAAACGGUGCUGCCGACAACAACAACUCUGGCAACAACAACUCUGGCAACAACGCCAACAGCUCUUCCGCCGGAAAUAACGCAGCAACCUCUACCCCAGCUCCGAGCAACGGCAGCGGCACCGCCAGCGGCGACUUCAAAGCCCAAAACGGCAGGGACGCACAGGCUCUCAACGCCCAAUUCGCCAGCCUCACCCCCUCGUCGUCCUGCCAAGACGGUGCGCAAGCAUGCGUGAAUGGCGCAUUCGCGCAGUGCGUCGGCGGGAAGUUCGUGCUCUCGCCGUGCGCCGCUACGCUCACCUGCGCGGCGCUUCCGUUGGUCAACAAGCCGGGAACUAGCAUCACCUGUACCACCCAGGCCGACGCCGACGCCAGAAUCGCUACGGCUCUUGGGGCUUGA